AUGGAUCUACCAGUGCAUGUUCAACAUCGUAUCCUCGAAAACGUACCCCUGAAAACUGUCCUCAAAAUGCGAUGCCUUCACUCGACAUUCGACAACUAUUUCCGUUUUCACUGCAAAACCUGGAAUUGUUUUUCCCUGGCCAUCAUUCGACGAGAAGAAAAGGCGGCAACCUUUUUCCAACUGGACUAUGUACCCUUCGAUCAGAAAAAUUUUCGGAAAUGUCGUCUCUUGACCCUCGAUUCGUUGAGGAUCACCACGCCGCUAAAUACCUUGAAAGAACACCCGGUUGAUCUGGGAGGAUUUGGAGGUCUUGUUGAAGCUGGAGGACUACGAAUCCCGUCAUCUUGCGGGAAAGUGACUAUCAGCAUGCAACGUAAUCGCGUUGAUCUGACCGAAGCCACAAGGUUGAAGACGAUCUUCAUUGAAGGCGCCCGGCUGGAGAAGAUCACUAGCGAGACGACUACGGCGAUUCUCGACGAACUUCGCCUGGGGACAGCGACACGACAGAUGGUGGAUGGAAUGAUUGAAGAACUGAAUAGUGGAGACCGGAGUAUUCCAUGGAGAUAUGUGGAGACAGACAGCCGACAUUACAUUAACCACACCAAUGCCACUUUCUUCAUCACAAAACGACCAUCGGCGGGCGAA